AUGGCCAGUAUCGACCCCCGGGCGGCCUCGCCAGCAGGCUCUCAGUCGCUGCCGAAUCUGAAUCCGGCAGACGUGGCCCGCCUGACGCAGGCCGCCAUCCAGCGUACGCUCUCGCAGGAGCUCUCCCCGGAGGACAGGAUGAUCGCACAUGCAGCCGAAGACAAGCUCAUGUUGCACGCGCGGCGAGGGUUCUGGUUCGGGACCCUGGCGGGCGCACUACUCGCUCUCCGCUCGCGUUGGACGGCGGGACGGAGCGGGUUGAGGGCGGGACAGCUCCCGAGGUUGUUCUUCCCGACGUCCGAGUCCGGUGCAGGCAGCUUUCGACAGCAGAUGGAGGCUGCAAGGAAGGCGGCUGAGGAACAGGGCCAGCAAACGGCGGGAGACGCGGCGGCCAAAUCUGCAGGCCGAGGCAAGGCCAUUAUGCUGGGGAAAGCGAUUGGCUACGGCAUCGCUGGAUCGGUCUUUGGUACCCAGAUCGGCGUCUGGUCGGGCAAGCGAGGAGCGAGCCAGAUCCUCGAACAGUCUGGUCGCAAGGAGGCGAUCGAGGCGGGCACGCAGCGAGCCAUCGAGCGGGCGGCGCACGAAGUCUCUCGGAUGACGGGCAGGAAGGUUGACAUCGCGGCGAACGUGAGCGGUGGACCAACGGCGAGGCAGGAUGGCGUGCGAGACGGACUUGGACGGGAUGACAGCGGCGGAGGUGUCGAUUACAGCGCACCGGAACGUGAGCUGAGUCGCGAGACAAUGAACGAGGGCGUCGGCUAUUCGGACCGAGCUCCGCCGCAAGACCAGCUUCCGGCGAACCUCUCUGACCCCAUCACUUCCGCCGCCACGUCUCGCUACCCCUCUUCCGACCAGCAGUCUUCCCGCUGGGACGAGCUCCGCCGCUCUCGCGCUGCCCCGCCGUCGAAGUGGGACACCCUCCGCGAAGCCAACAGCCGAGCGAACGUGCCGCCUCCGAACGCUCACAAUGGCAACGAAGCGUACGACAGGAACGAGCGGGACUUGAUGAGCCAGCGGGACAACCAGGCUGAGCGUGAGAGGCGGAGGAAGGAGUUUGAUGCGCUGUUCGAGAGGGAAGCCAAAGGUGGAGACGACUCGAUGGAGGAGAAGGGCUUCCGAUGA